CGGGCGGGAGCGGGCGCCUCCCAAAAACGCCGGGAAACCGGUCGGUUUCCUAAAAAAAAAAGCGAGUUUGCAGAAAAAACAGCAAGUUUCUGAAAAAGCAGCCGGAUUUUCAAAAAAAUCCCGAGUAAUUUUCCCCCUCCCCCGCGAAAGCAGCGGAUUUACAAAGAGACUCCCAGCAACUUCCCCAAAGAGCAGCUGAUUUGGAAGAAAAACAGCAAGUUUCUGAAAAAAAAAAAAAAGCAGCAGAUCUUCAAAGGAAACCCAGCAAGUUUCGGAAGAAGCAGCGGAGUUGAAAACAGAACAGGUUUCUGGAAAAGCGAUGAUUUUUCCAAAGAACAAAUAAAGCCAAUUCCCGAACUGCCGUCAGCGAGCGCGCGUUAUCCCGACAGUUUCACUGCUGGACACUAACAAACUCCCCUCCUUGGAGCUGAGCACCGGAGGCCAUGGCUGUGCGGCGCUGGGGGGGUCUCCCCCGCGGGAAUCUCUCCGACUGCCCCAACGGCUCCCGCUGGGCGAUGGAUGUGUUCCACGAAUGUGCCCAGGACGGCCGGGACAUCGCCAGCAUCGUCCUGGGGCUGAUUUCCAUCUUCUGUUUUGCAGCUGCGUCUUUUCCCCAGUUUUACCAAGCCUGUAAAACAGGCAUCAUGGACCGGGCUCUCUCCAUAUAUUUCCUGCUGGGAUGGCUGGGUGGAGACCUCCUAAACCUCAUCGGUUCCUUCCUGGCAGACCAGCUGCCCCUGCAGGUUUACACAGCUGUUUACUACGUGCUCGCAGACCUGGUGAUGCUGGCUCUCUACUGCUACUACAAAGUGAAGAACCAGGGUGGAGGAUUCGCUGCCCCGAUCAACGCAGCCUUCGUCUUCCUUUCCCUGGGGAUGGUGUCGACCGUCUCCUUCGUGGGCAGAGGUGCUGCCAUGGCGCAGGGCUCGGCCACAUUUAAAGGGAGAUCUCUGCUGUCUGCUCCCACGGAUGAGCUUGGGUCAGAGCCUUUCACCAGGAGUGAGAUCAUCGGCUUCACCAUCGGCUCCAUCUCCUCCGUGCUCUACCUGUGCUCCCGAGUCCCCCAGAUCUACACCAACUACAAGAGGAAAUCCACCAUCGGGGUCUCCUACUCCCUCUUUGCCCUGGUGAUGCUGGGGAACUCGCUCUACGGCGUCAGCGUCCUCCUGAAAAACCCCGAGCAGGGACAAGGUGAAGGCGACUACGUCCUGCACCACCUCCCCUGGCUGGUGGGCAGCCUGGGUGUCCUGUCCCUCGAUGUGGUUAUCUCCUUCCAGUUCCUUGCUUAUCGGAGAGGAAGACCCAGUACCCGUGAGGAGAGGGAUGCUCUUCUCGGCGAGCAGGGUGACAGCCUGGAGAGCUGACAAAGGAUCUGCCUCGCCGGGAGAACAGGAUGAUGCAGACACAAAAUCUGGCUUUAACGCCGGGCAAACCAGCCCCUCUGUCCUAGUGGCUCUGGGGAGAAGAAGACCUGAGCCAGUGGGAGACAUGUUGUGCUGCUAAGACUCUAAGCCCAGCCUAAGUGGCAGAGGAUGCUGCUGAGAGAUCUCGUGCCUCUUUGAUACCAAUGAUGUUAUCAGGAUAAACAGGGAGUUAUUUGAUACCUCAAAAGGUCGCUCUUUGCUGCUCUUACACCCCACAGCUGAGCCCGGUCACUUCUGCUUUACCUGCUGUCUCUCGAGGGUGAUCUGGAGCUUCCCUAAUGCUGGCAAAGGUGGGAAUAGCCUAAGGGGCUGUGGAGGGACACAGAGACGACCAACCUGUCAUGAACGACAGUGACUGGAACCAGUUCAGAGGAAGGAACAGCGUAACCAAAGUGUUUUGGUCCACACGUACCUAUUUUAAUUAGCACAGCUCAGACGUCUAUAAAACACGUCCUUGCCCCACCUGCCUCCUUUGGUUUUAUUUUGCUGGUUCAUCUGGCAGCUCCUGCCUCUUUCUUAAUGCAUCUCACAGUCCCAAUUUCUCUCAUUUUUUGCCUCACCCACGUUUUAAUUUCAUGGAUUUCUUGAGGAAGUGGCUCCAUCACUUUCUGCUUAGCUGGCCGGACAGUUACCAGGCAGAAGAUGCUGCCUUCCCGCUCAGUCAGGUUUUUUGGUCCUGCCCUCUCUCGUUGAUGAAUUUAUUCCCAGCACUGAUGAAUUAUCCCCAAGUUGAUGAAGUGACCCCCUUCUUGGGGCUCUGCACACCAGCACAGUGGCUCCGUGAUGGCAGAAGGACUGGAAGCAGCAGCAGGAGAGAUGCUUUGGGGCGUGCAGGGGAGAGCAGCAGCGUAGCCCCGAGCUGGCUGCCUCGGCCCGUGGGCUCCCUGCCCCAGGCUGAGCUAUUUCUGCUGGGGAGGAGCAGCUCAAUCUCACUGGGCAAGCAAGAGGAAAAUCAACCAAAGCUUGUAGGCCCUUCAAGAAAAGUGAACGCAACUUUUCCUUUUAAAGCCAAAACCUUUCCUUUCCUUGCAGUCACUCUUAGCUCUUCACUCCCCUUUUCUCCCCCUCCAGCUACUCUCCCCACCUCUUCCCCACUGCCCACCCCUGCAGCACCCCACUCUGUGCCCCUUUUAGCUCUAUUACCACUAAUUUACAAUUCCUCAGCCAGUCCCAUGCCGUUAGUCCUUGCCAGCAUUUGGAGCUGAGCCGUUUGUUUUCAGAAUUAUUAUUUUUCCAGGUUCUUUGACCCCUUUCAACAAAGCUGGUGGCUUUUUCACUCCCAUUAAUUCACAGUUCUUGUGGUCGAGGGGGCUGCUCGUCUCUUCCCCAUCCUCACAGCAGCAGGAUUUCCUCUGCUGUCUUUCACUAUGAAUUGCAGAAAAUUCACAUCCAGUACUAAUACAAACCAUGAGCAGAUUCCUAGCAAGAUAGAAAGUGCAGCUUCAUUAGACCUCAGUACCUAUCCCUGGGGCUUGGUUUUAUUAAAGGAGUGGUUUUUAACCUCGGCUCAUGUUUGCUAGCUCAGCCCUGAAGUGUUGGGGAAGGCAGUGUGGUUUACUGAGAUCUGGCUUUACUAAACUGACCUAUGGCUGAGGGAUAGGAUGGGAUUAGGCAUAACUACCUUGUGGAAAUGAAGAGCCUCGUCUCUGCCAUUCACAAUACUAAAUAAUUGCCACAUACUGGCUAACCAAGGACUUUUCUUAAAGCUAGACAGAAGAUAACAUAAGCAGGUAAAAAAAAAAAUAUAUAAAAUAUAGUUUGUUCCCACAGGUGUAUCCAAAGCACAGAUUAAGUACAAAGUUGACUUAGGUAGGUAAGAUGGAGCAAGGCAAGCAGCUGCAUUUGGCAGAUGGAAUUUAUGCGCCAGCAGCCAUCGAGAUGGUGGUGGAUGGAAAUACGUGUCACAAGGAGGCUCUUGCUGAGGUUAUCAUCCCUCUGAGACUCUAAUACAGCCCCGUCCUCAAAAGAGCCUGCAGUUUAAGAUUUUUGCAGAGGCAAAUGUUAAACCAGAAAGGGCACAGCCCAGAAACCAUUUGUCCCAAAGCACUAAACGUAACUUGGUGGUAGGCUUGCGGCUGGAGCAGCCAGGCCAAACCUGGAGGUUAGCCCCCAAACUACCAGGUUACAGCCCUUUGAGAAGGGCAAGAAACAGAAACUGCUGCUGUGGCUGCAUCGAUCCUGCAGCUCGUACGUGUACGACUGCUCUGCAGAAAGAGCAUCCCCUGCACACGUGUGCUGAGGGUGUCUGCAUACCCCAAACCCACACGUUGCAUUUAUCUGUGACGCUUCCAUUUUUAGCUUGUGUGCACCAAGAUGGCUUUGGAGAAGGAAAACAAAUCCCCCCAAAAAGCCCUUUAGCACGUUACAAUUGAAAAUAGGCAAGAGGAACCGUGAGUCUCCCCCCUCCUGGGCUGACACGCUCCUUCCCGAGUCUCAAGAGUUCACACACGCUUAUCUCCAACUUUAAAAAAGGUUUUUCCUAGGACAGAACCUCAGCGUGUUCCCCCGGGGGGUCCCAGCUCUGAGGCACACGUGUGCCUCUCCCCAACCCGCAUCCCGUUACGGACCCGAGGCCCCCAGAUAAAUACCCUGGCACAGGACCGUAAUCACCUGCAGAUGUCUGGAUGUGGAACAGGUCACAUUAGAAAAGCAAAAUUAGAGUGUGUUAAUCAGUAUUAAUGCCAACAGUCUCAAUUUGCAUAGGUUCACCCGAAGGCUAAUUCCAACAGCCAUGUGCAGGAAGAGCCCAGCAGGUAAUUGCUUUCUCAGUGUCAGCAGGAUGGAGUCUGUUAUAACCAAAGCAAGUGGAAGGGGCAGAGGACCUGACACUGUGCAAGGUCCCUCUGACCACCAAGGGUUUAAAGAUGGAGAAAAUCCGGACAAGGUUCACAAAUCACACAGGGAUUGAGCAAAGAAGCAGCUUUUGGGUGAACAUUGAUUGUUGGAACCAGCCACCUCAAACUGCCAAGGGAGCCGAAACGCCUCCCCUCUGCCCACCAGAGUGUUUCAACACACAGGUUUCUCCCCAGACUAAUUUUUAACACUUGGUAAAGCUGGACGACUCCUUCUCCUCUAAAUACAUCUCGUUCAUCUUUGCUGGCUGCCUGGAGCAUCCCUCCCAGCAGCAGGAUGCCAACAUUCCAGUGCCAGCACCUGGGACGCACGGCAGGCCCACAAGUAAGGCAGCCAUGCAUCACACCCUCUUUCAAACAACGCCCUGUCAGCUAACCUGGAUGCAAGAAAAAAUAAUUUAAAAAAAGCUUUCUGUGACCAUAUAGUCCAGCAGCCCUUUAGCUUAGGGCUGAACUCAAGUGUCUUUGUUUCCAAGCACACGGCCGCCUACCUGCAGCCAGCACGGCUGCCGGGGUUGCUACAGAGGAAACCCCCAGUAACACUGCAAAGAAGGAAAGAGAAAUAAGGACGACACCAACCACACACACACUGCUUCCUGGGAUUAUUUUUUUUUAUUUUAUUUUUUUAGUCUUUUUUUUUUUUUUUUUUUUUUUUUUUUUUUUUUUUUUAGUAUGGAGGCUCAAGUAUCAGAUGUAGAUUCAAUUUAAGCUUUACAAAAAACAAAAUCAAAACAAAAAACCCCUUUUGCAUUCCAUAAAAAUUGACAGAAAAGCGCCUUGGAACCAGGCUAUAGAAGAGCAGAACUUUCAGCAGGUCUCCUAAUCAAUGUCUCCUUGCAAAUCUGGUUUAGUCAGUAUAGUACAACACUGAGGAAACACCCUCUCUUCCCUCCCUCCCACCAGCCAUCCCCUGUGCCCAGCCCCCAAACAUACGUGGAAUAGAUUUUUUUUUUUUUUCCAGUUCUUCCUCUUUCACACACCACAGUAUUUAAUAAAUUUUUGUUUUACAUUUUUUACACCAAUGUAACAAAAGGCAGGAGGGGGUGGGGAGGAAAAGACAAACAAUGAUUUGUGUUUAUGCAUAUAAAUGGGGGAGGGUGGAAGAGGGCAGGGG